AAAUUUUCAUUUAAAUAUUUUUCUUUUAACUUCCUAACACCAAUAUGAAUACUUCCUUCUAUUCAUGUAUGUCAUUAUACGAACCUCAAAACUACUGCUCCUACUACCACCACCCUCAAAUGACUCCAGUGGAGUCGGAAUCCUCCUUCUCCCCUGGAUCAUUAAACGAGUUACCUCAACUUCCGUUUAAUAUAAACGAUUCUGAUGAGAUAGCUCUUUUUAACAUGUUAUCUGAACAAAAUAUGUAUACGGAAAGCAGGGUCAAAACAGACCCUGCUUCCCCUGCAUCAACUAACUCUUCUUCAACGUCCGAAAAUACAGACAGUGGUAAGAAGAGUUAUAGAGGGGUGAGGAGACGGCCGUGGGGGAAGUAUGCCGCGGAAAUCCGCGACUCAACUCGAAAUGGCGUUCGAGUUUGGCUCGGAACUUUUGAUAGUCCCGAAGCCGCCGCCUUAGCUUAUGAUCAGGCGGCGUUUGCGAUGAGGGGGCCCACGGCUGUGCUUAACUUCCCUGUAGAAGUUGUAAGGGAAUCAUUAAAGGAUAUGAAGAGGGAAAAUGGAGAAGAAGAAGACGAGGAUGGAGUUUGUUCUGAUUCCCCUGUAAUUGCAUUGAAAAAGAAGCAUUUGAUGAGGAAGAAAUCAAUGGGUGUAAAUGGUAAAAAGAGGGAAAGAAAAGAAAAGAAUGAAGGUUCUUCUUCUUCUUCAACAAUGGUGGUUUUUGAAGAUUUAGGUAAUGAUUAUUUGGAACAAUUAUUAUUAAGUUGUUCUUGAUGGAAGAAAAGGAAAAACAGAGUACCUCUGUUUUGAAAACAGGGGAUAAACAGAGUUUCAAUUAUGGAUACUCUAUUCCUUUAUUCUUUAAAAACAGGGGAAUGGGGGACAAACAGGGGAAUGAUUGAUGAUAAAUAGUAUUAUUGAAUUUUAGAUUAAUUUUAAAGUAAAGAUAAUUUAUUAAUAUACUCAUUAUUAUUUUAAAUCUUAAUAUAAAACACAGAUUAUAACUUUUUUGUAAAUAUGGAGGGAAAACAAAGAUGUGUAAUGGUGUAAGGUGUAAGGUGUAAGGGGUGCUUUAUUCAAUAAUGUAAUUGUAGGUUUUUAGUGGCUUCAUCCAUUAAAUUACUUAUUUUUUAGAUAAAGAAUUAUGCACUUUUAAUUUUUAAAUUUUGUUCCAUAAGGAUGUUUAUGGGAAUUAAAAAUUUGAGAUUUUUGUGAUUGGAAUAGUGAUAAAAUAGAUAGUAAAAAUAUUAUAUUGAUGUUUGAUUUCUGGUUUAACACUAAUUUUGGGUUUUUAUUUUCUGUGUUAUAUCAUUCAAUAAUGAGGAUGAAUAUAUAUACAGGAGUACUACUUAGGUUUUCUUAAAAUAACUGCUAUAUUAAAUAACUGCUAUACAAGUAACUGCUAUAUAAAAUACAUACUUGUUAUAAUCUAGCAAUGUUAAUUAUAAAUGGAGAACAUGUAGAAAUCACAUAAAUAUAAUAAAAUGAAAAUUGAUUAAAUAAAUGUAUGAUUUCUUGUGGAUUAAUAUUUUAUAAUCGAUCGCUUUCUUUUUGUUUGCCCACUUUAAAUAAAUGAGAUUUCAUAUCUCUAAUCCGCACCAUAAAUGAAAAAUUGUAAAAAUUAUAUAUUAAAAAAUUUUCAUCAAGACGAAUCUAAUAAGAUCCCACGUGAAUUAUUUGAUCACCAAUAUAUACUUCAAAAAUCUAUUUAAAUUUCUCUCUUCUAAAAUGAAAAAACAUAAAGUAAACAAACAAAAAACACAUAUAGAAUAUUGAUUUUAAUUGUAACUGGAAAACAUAUAAGAACUAGAAGAAUAAGAAAAUGAGAUUUCAAAAACUGUAAGAACAUUAUUUUAAGAUAAGGGUUAAUUAAAACAAUUGGAUGCAAAUAUAAAAAUAUAUUACAAGAAUAAUAAUAAUAAAUAGAAUAGUUUAAAAUGUCAAAUGAGAACAUUAUUUAGAAAGUAGUAACAGAAGGUGUAUGAAUUAUUUUUUGACGAGAUAUAAAUGAGGUGCCAAAAUAUUUCCAAAUUCCAAGUAAAAUGUAAAUAUUUUAUUAUGUUUUGAUUCCU